AUGGACCAACAGUUUUUGAGCCAACUUGAGCAAGCUUUGAAUGCUAUUGUUCAGCCAAACUCAGCAGGGUUAAAAGAGGCUACUAAAGUCUUACAAACCCAAUUUUAUAGCCAACCACAAACUUUGCCAGCAUUAAUUCAUAUUCUUCAAAAUAACCCUAACGAUUCCUUAAAACAAUUAGCAGGUGUUGAAACUAGAAAAUUGGUUUCAAAACAUUGGGAUGGUUUAGAUGAAACUACAAAAACUCAAAUUAAAUCGUCUUUAUUACAAACCGCUUUCACUGAACCAAAAGAGAUUAUUCGUCAUUCUAAUGCUCGUGUGAUUGCAGCUAUUGGUAAUCAAGAAUUAGAAUCUAACAAAUGGCCAGAUUUGGUUCCAAGUUUAAUUCAAACUGCUGCUGGUGAUAAUAGUCAAAAUAGACAGACUGCUGUUUUCAUUUUAUUAUCCUUAUUAGAAGAUUUUAACACUGCAUUGACUGUGUAUAUUGACGAUCUAUUAAACUUAUUUGCUCAAACAAUUAAUGAUACCACUUCUUUAGAAACUAGAUCUCUAUCCGCACAAGCCUUAAAUAAUGUCUCUGCUUUAAUUGAAGAACAAGAAAACAUUGAUCCAAAUCAAGCUGCUAAGUUUGCUGGUUUAAUUCCAUCUAUUGUCAAUGUUUUGGAUGCCGUUAUUAAGGCUGAUGAUGCUACAAAUGCUAAAUUGAUUUUUAAUUGUUUAAAUGAUUUCUUAUUGUUAGACUCUCAGUUAACUGGUAAUGCCAUCAUUGAUUUAAUAAAAUUAACUUUACAAAUCUCCCUUAAUAGCCAAAUUGAUGAAGAGGUCAGAGUCUUUGGCAUUCAAUUUGUCAUUUCUGCCUUAUCUUAUAGAAAAUCAAAGAUCAUUCAAGGUAAAUUAGGUCCAGAAAUCACUUUAACUGCCUUAAAAGUUGCUGCCAGUGAAAUUGAUGUCGACGACGAAUUAAACAACGAAGACGAAGCUGGUGAAAAUGAAGAAAACACUCCUUCUUUAGUCGCCAUUAGAUUAAUAGCCUUUGCUUCUGCUGAAUUGCCACCAUCUCAGGUUGCAGCUGUUAUUUGUGAACAUAUUCCUGCUAUGUUACAAUCAUCUAAUCCAUUUGAAAGAAGAGCUAUUUUAUUGGCUAUCUCUGUUGCUGUUGGUGGUUCUCCAGAUUAUAUUUUAUCUCAAUUCGAUAAGAUUAUUCCGGCUACAAUUACUGGAUUAAAGGAUGCUGAACCAAUUGUUCAAUUAGCAGCUUUAAAAUGUGUUCAUCAAAUGACUGUUGAGUUACAAGAUGAAGUAGCUAAGUUUUAUGCCGACUACUUACCAUUAAUCAUCUCUAUAAUUGAUUCUGCUAAGUUUUUUGUCAUCUACCACUAUGCCACUGUUGCAUUAGAUGGUUUACUAGAGUUCAUUGCCUACGAAGCUAUUUCUGACUACUUAGAACCAUUAAUGAACAAGUUAUUCCAUAUGUUAGAAUCCAAUCAGUCAUCUAAAUUGAGAUGUGCCGUUGUCUCUGCCAUUGGUUCUGCUGCAUUUGCAUCCGGUACUGCAUUUAUUCCAUACUUCAAAACGAGUGUUCAAUAUUUGGAACAAUUUAUUCAAAAUUGUAGUCAAAUUGAAGGUAUGAGUGAUGACGAUAUUGAAUUAAGAGCUAUGACAUUUGAGAAUAUUUCAACUAUGGCCAGAGCCGUUAGAUCUGAAGCAUUUGCUGAAUUUGCUGAACCAUUAGUUAAUUCUGCCUAUGAAGCUAUCAAAACAGAUUCUGCUAGAUUAAGAGAAUCAGGUUAUGCGUUCAUUGCUAACUUAUCUAAAGUUUAUGGUGAAAAUUUCGCUACCUUCUUGCCAACCAUUUUACCAGAAAUUUUUAAAACUUUAGAAUUAGAAGAAUAUCAAUUCAACUUUGAUGGUGAUGAAGAAGAGCUAGCUGCUCUUGCUGAAAGUGGUGCAGAAGAAGACCUACAAAGUAAAUUUACCGUCAAUACUGGUAUUUCUUAUGAAAAGGAAGUUGCUGCUGCUGCUUUAUCUGAAUUAGCUAUUGGUACCAAGGAAAGUUUCUUACCAUAUGUUGAAAAGAGUUUAGAAGUUUUGAACAAGCAAGUUGAUGAAUCUUAUGGUUUAAGAGAAACUGCAUUGAACACUAUCUGGAAUGUUGUUAAAGCUGUUUUAUUAGCUUCUAAAAUUGUAGAAGAAUCAUAUCCAAAAGGCUUACCAGCUGGUUCUUAUGUUGAUGAAACCGUGUUAAUGGUUAUCAAGAAUGCCAGAGAAGUGUCUAUCCAAAAUUUGGUUGAAGAAUUUGAAACCACCAUGAUUAUUACUAUAUUAGAAGACUUUGCUAACAUGAUUAAGAAAUUCGGUCCAAUUAUUAUCAUGGAUAAUGGUGAUUCUUCUUCUUUAGAAACUUUGUUGGUUCAAGUCACAAGUGUUUUAAAGGGUACUCAUGCCUGUCAAACUAUUGAUUUAGAAGACGAUAUUCCAAAAGAUGAAGAUAUGGAUGCAUCAGAAACUGAAGCUACCUUACAAGAUGUUGCUUUAGAAGUUUUAGUCAGUUUAUCUCAUGCUUUAGCUGGUGAUUUUGCUAAAGUGUUUGAAGGUAUGAAACCAACUGUUCUUGGUUUAUUCCAAUCCAAAUCUAAAAACAAGAGGUCAUCAGUUGUUGGUGCAGUUUCUGAGUUAGCUCUUGGUAUGAAAGAACAAAAUCCAUUUAUUCAAGAAAUGCUAGAGGCUUUGGUGAUUAGAUUGACUACUGAUAAGUCCUUAGAAGUUAGAGGUAAUGCUGCUUAUGGUGUUGGAUUGUUAUGUCAAUAUGCAUCCUUUGAUAUUUCUAGUGUUUAUGAACCAAUAUUGAAAGCUCUUUAUCAAAUUCUACACACAGCAGACCAAAAAGCACUUUCAUUGGAGGACGAUGAGGCUACCAGAGAAACUAUUGAUAGAGCCUUUUCUAAUGUUUGUGGGUGUGUUGCAAGAAUGGUUUUAAAACAUGAAAAUUUAGUUCCUUUAGAUCAAACCAUUCCAGCUAUUUUAUCUCAUUUACCAUUCCAAACAGGUUUUGAAGAAUAUACUCCAAUCUUUGAAUUGAUUAUGAAGUUAUACCAAGAUAACAACUCUAUUAUUACUAAAGAAACACCAAAAAUAGUCGAAAUUUUUGCUGCCAUUUUCACUAAAGAAAGUGAAAGAAUUAAAUUAGAACAAGAAUCUACAUUGGGUAGAGAAGAAAACAUGGAAAGAUUAAAACAAUUCCAGACUGAAGAAAUGAAAUUAAGAGUUAUUGAAUUAUUGAAAUUCUUGAACUCUAACUAUGACGGUGUUGUAGCCUCCAACCCUGUUUUAGCUCCAUUAAUUGCUUAG